GCUCUUGUUAUUUUCAUUGUGGAUGUGAAUCUAGCUAGGACAUCGUUUGAAACGUUCAGCGACAGAAAUAGCCUUAUUAAUAAUAUAACUGCAAUCACUGCUGACUAUAUACAUAAUAUCCAUACACACGGAUUUGAAUAUACAAUACAUUAAACGCCUGGGGUAUAGGUAAGGAUUUUUUGUCUUGAAUUUCCUUUGGUGCAACUGCAGCAUUUUCCAGCCAAGUCAAUCAGCUGAUUUAAUUGUGGAAAACGUGCUUUUAUUUUUUUUGUUUUUCACUUUUCCUGUGCACAAGGCAAUGUGGAGGAAAUAAAAGAUCCUGAUAUACUGAAAACAGAGAGUGUAGAGGAUGGGCUGUGUACAAUGCAAAGAUAAGGAAGCAGCCAAAUUGACGGACGAGCGUGACACGAGCGUAACUCAGAACUCGGGCUUCCGCUAUGGCGCUGACCCGACGCCGCAGCACUACCCCAGCUUCGGGGUCACCGCCAUCCCCAAUUUCAACAACUUCCACGCCCCCGGCAGCCAGGGAAUAACAGUCUUCGGUGGGGUCAACUCUUCCUCCCAGUCGGGGACCCUGCGCUCUCGUGGUGGGACAGGGGUCACCCUCUUCGUGGCACUUUAUGACUAUGAGGCCAGGACAGAAGAUGACCUCAGCUUCAGGAAGGGCGAGAAGUUCCAAAUUCUCAACAGCACUGAAGGGGAUUGGUGGGAAGCCCGUUCGCUCACCACGUGCGGAACCGGCUACAUCCCCAGCAACUACGUCGCCCCAGUGGACUCCAUCCAGGCCGAGGACUGGUACUUUGGCAAAUUGGGCCGGAAGGAUGCAGAGAGACAGUUGCUGUCCAGCGGCAACCCUCGGGGCACCUUCCUCAUCCGGGAGAGCGAAACCACCAAAGGGGCCUUUUCCUUGUCUAUACGAGAUUGGGAUGACAUCAAAGGCGACCACGUGAAGCACUACAAAGUCCGGAAGUUAGACAGCGGUGGAUAUUAUAUUACCACCCGCGCGCAGUUUGAGACUCUCCAGCAGUUAGUUCGGCAUUACUCAGAACGUGCAGCUGGCCUUUGCUGCCGUUUGGUGGUCCCCUGCCACAAAUGGAUGCCCCGGCUCGCUGACCUGUCCGUCAAAACCAAAGACGUGUGGGAGAUCCCACGGGAGUCGCUCCAGCUAAUCAAGCGCCUUGGCAACGGCCAGUUCGGGGAGGUCUGGAUGGGGACGUGGAACGGCACCACCAAAGUGGCUGUGAAGACCCUGAAGCCCGGCACCAUGUCCCCUGAGUCCUUCCUGGAGGAGGCCCAGAUAAUGAAGAAGCUCCGGCACGACAAGCUGGUGCAGCUGUACGCCGUGGUGUCCGAGGAGCCCAUCUACAUAGUGACCGAGUACAUGAGCAAAGGGAGUUUGCUAGACUUCCUGAAGGACGGGGAGGGACGAGGACUGAAGCUGCCGAACUUGGUCGACAUGGCGGCGCAGGUGGCUUCAGGCAUGGCCUACAUUGAGAGGAUGAACUAUAUCCAUAGAGACCUGCGGUCAGCCAACAUCCUCGUGGGGGACAACCUGGUGUGCAAGAUUGCAGACUUUGGACUGGCCAGGCUAAUUGAGGACAAUGAGUACACGGCUCGCCAGGGUGCCAAAUUCCCCAUCAAGUGGACGGCCCCAGAGGCUGCUCUCUAUGGGAAGUUCACCAUCAAGUCUGACGUGUGGUCAUUCGGCAUAUUACUCACAGAACUGGUGACUAAGGGACGGGUACCGUAUCCAGGCAUGAAUAAUCGAGAGGUCCUAGAACAGGUGGAACGGGGUUAUAGAAUGCCGUGUCCGCAAGACUGCCCCAUCUCCCUGCACGAGCUCAUGGUUCAGUGCUGGAAGAAGGACCCCGAGGAGCGGCCCACCUUCGAAUACCUGCAGGCCUUCUUAGAAGAUUACUUUACCGCCACCGAACCUCAGUACCAGCCCGGGGACAACCUUUAGGUCUGACCAGCAGAGGGAGCUGCUGAACCUCCUAGUGCCAUGACAAGACUGCCUUGCAGGGAAUAUUUCCAGGGCAUCGCAGUGCCCAGUGGAUAUAUUCAGCUUCCUGGUUUCCCCCAAACCCUUUGACAUGCACCCUUAGUACCUGACACAUUGAAAUGGGAAGAGAGUCGAUGUAUUUAAAGGCCGGGGUUUCGAAUUUUGAUCAUGUUGGCUCCUUGUAAAAGUAAAAGGUGGGAAAAGGUAGCAGGUUCAAACCGUCAUGACAUAAUAACAACAUGCCUGUAUUUACUGUAAAUAUCAUUUGCUUGUUUACUUAUCCGCUGGUUUGUGUUUUAAUUUUGCCUGUUGGUUUCUUUUUUUAAUACCGUGUUUUGUCCGGGACAAUAAUACUGAAUACAGUAAUGUUGAUAGUAAAUAUUAAACAUGCACUGCAAUAUUCUGGAAACCUGCCUCAGUGUUAAUAAACCUGUACAAGGAUCUUCA